CGCGCAUCGUGCUCGCGCGUACGUACAUGUUCUGUGGAUGGCGAUUGAUUGACUCAGCAGCUAAAUCGGCCGGUGGUCGUCGGUCGGGAUCGCAUGGCGGGACCUGGGAGGAGGUUACGACGGUUUGGGGCGGGGGACACAAGAGGCGUUGCCUGGUAACAGAAUCCCCCCCGGCAGCUUGCAAGAAGAAAGCAGAGCAGGCCCACCAGCACCUCCAUCAACACAAGCUUCGACGUUUAAACGUAAAAGAAACAGUAUACAUACCUGUAAGGUCCCGCAAUGCCGUGCUCGUGCGUCCAGUGGCGGCGAUGGAUCCGCCCGCUGGUUCUGCUCCUAUACGUUGUCCUGCUGUUGGCUGUGGUGCCGUUGUGCGUCUGGGAGCUGCAAAAAGAUAAGGUGGGGACUCACGGUAAAGCAUGGUUCAUCGCCGGUGUCUUUGUCUUCCUCACCAUUCCCAUCUCGCUGUGGGACAUCCUGCAGCAUCUGGUCCACUACACCCAGCCAGAGUUGCAGAGGCCAAUCAUCAGGAUACUAUGGAUGGUGCCUAUCUACAGUCUGGACAGCUGGUUGGCCCUGAGGUAUCCCGGCCUGGCCAUCUACGUGGACACGUGCAGGGAAUGUUACGAGGCGUACGUCAUCUACAACUUCCUGGUGUUCCUGCUUAAUUUCCUGAGUAACCAGUAUCCAAGUUUGGUGCUGAUGUUGGAGGUGCAGCAGCAGCAGGAUCACCUGCCGCCGCUUUGCUGCUGCCCGCCCUGGCCCAUGGGAGAAGUGCUGCUCUACAGAUGCAAGCUAGGAGUCCUCCAGUACACUGUGGUUCGGCCCGUAACCACGGUAACCGCGCUGGUCUGUCAGCUGUGUGGAGUUUACGACGAAGCCAACUUCAGCUUUCGCAACGCUUGGUCCUACCUGGUCAUCAUCAACAAUAUAUCGCAGCUGUUUGCCAUGUACUGCCUGGUGUUGCUCUACCGAGCGCUAAAAGAGGAGCUGACCCCCAUCAGACCCGUGGGCAAGUUCCUCUGCGUCAAACUGGUGGUCUUCGUCUCCUUCUGGCAGGCGGUGUUGAUCGCGUUCCUGGUGAAGGUGGGCGUCAUCUCGGAGAAACGUACAUGGGACUGGGCCAGCGUGGAGGCGGUGGCCACUGGACUGCAGGACUUCAUCAUCUGCAUAGAAAUGUUCCUGGCGGCCAUUGCGCACCAUUACACCUUCACUCACAAGCCCUACAUACAGGAGGCAGAGGAAGGAACGUGCUUGGAUAGCUUUCUGGCCAUGUGGGACUUCUCGGACAUCAGGGCCGACGUCACCGAGCAGGCCCGCCACGUUGGCCGCACCUUCCUGGGCCGACCCAACAAGAUGUACUUUGGCGCGGCCGCCCGACCCGAGCACAGCGAACACACCGGGCUGCUGUCUCAGGAUGCCGCGCCCGCUUCCGUGCCCACCUCGCCUUCUUCAACCGGUCGCUACCAAGGCCUCGGACACACCGUGGCCCCGCACUCUGUCUCGGCUCCGGCGGGUUUCACCGCGGGAUCCUGGGCAGAAGAAGACGAUGGCGACCGCUCACCGACGCAGGCGGGAGACGCGCAUUAA